UUUUGCUACCGCCAACGCCAGUUCGUACCCGGUUCCCAGGCUUAUUAUUUAGACUCAUCGACCAUACUUGUUAAUGAUACGAAGAUCGCAGGGACUAUUCACAAUCAUGUAAACGAGCAAAAGCUAUCAUUUGAACUUUGUGCCUAUCAGUACUCUACUUUCCGAAUCACCAUUGACAAAAUUUUCGAAGGCUCCUCUGCAUACAAGAUUCCACCUGGGGAUGUUGUCAAUGCUGAAUUGCCUGAACAUAAAAUUAUUUCGGAUAUACAAGGCAAUGUGAUUCUCGUUCAUGCCAAAAUCGGCGAUCUUGCUGCCAUCUAUAUGAAUCCUUUCAAAGUUGAGUUUUUUAAAGAAGGAAAGCUCGUUACUAUUUUUAACGGCAGAGGACUUUUGAACUUUGAAGGCGAUUUGCAGUAUAGCCUGGAUCGCACUGAUGGGCUUACUUCAAAUUUUUCAAAUUCGAUGGAAUCAUUAAAGCCAGAAAUAUCAUCCGAAUCAAACAUGACCCAUCAGAAUGCCGAACACUCUUGGUCAGAAAAUUUUAAGACUCAUGUAGAUUCUAGACCUUAUGGGCCAUCCUCCCUCAGUUUAGACAUCGAUUUUAACGGCUUUGAGUUCGUGUAUGGCAUUCCUGAGCAUGCUGAUGGUUUUGUUCUAAAAAAUACGGAUAAUACAGAUCCUUAUCGCCUUUACAAUCUUGACGUAUUCGAAUAUGAGCUUAAUAACCCUAUGGCACUUUACGGUUCUGUUCCACUUAUGUGGGCCCACCGAAAGAAUAUGACUGUCGGCCUUUUAUGGCAUAAUCCUUCAGAGACUUGGAUAGACAUUAAAUCUAAUAGGCAAACAGGCAGCGGAAUAUUUGGCAGCAUCUCAAAUAUCCUGUCUGCUAGAUCAGAAAUUCCUUCAGUGAAGACACGAUGGAUGUCUGAAUCUGGCGUAGUGGAUGUCUUUUUAAUUAUCGAAAGCAAUCCA